AUCGAUAGCUAACUCGGUUGAGAUUCACGUUCCUGUGCCCGGGGAUGUCGACACUCCGCAAUGCAAGGCUAGCACAGGUUCGGUGAAAUAUCAUCCGGAGAAGGACUGUGUGAUAUGGUCGAUUAAACAGUUCCCUGGUCAGAAGGAUUACAUUAUGACGUCGAAUUUCGGCCUUCCUAGUGUUUCUAUGGAAGCUGCCAG